GGGUCUCUUCACCUAUCAGUACUUGAUGAAGACGAGUCCUUCCUACAGGGUCACCUGGACAUUCCAAAAUCUGCAAUUAGCGAGCGGUGGACAGGGCUGCCGUUAUGCCCUUCUCGUUCAAGCAACGACUUCGCAAAAAAACACCUUACGUUUUCAGGAACACCAGGGGUACGUUUCACAAUAGAAGCAUCUCAAGACUAUGAAAUAGAACUCAAUGAAGAAAAACCUUUCAGCAUAUUCGAGUGGAAUACUGUAAAUGUAUUUCAGUUUACCCCACCUAAGGACAUCUCAAAGACUCAGCUUGAUAUAACGGUUACUUCAGAAUCGGAUGUCCCCUCUUACAUGAAAGUUUCACGGAUCUGUCAGGACGUUAAUAAGGACAACAUACGAGUUGUGGACUAUAAAGGCGAGUCUAUUCGUCUUUCGUUCGCAAAGAAAGGACGUAUCACUUUAUCCAAGGUAUCUAUUCCCCCUUUGACCGACUCCACAGCCAGCUGGUACAUUGGCCUUGCACUGAACAACGCUGCAGGUACAACGCCAUUAAAUGCUAGUAAAACUGGAACAUUAACGGUGACAAGAUCAUUUAAUUACUCGUAUGGGGGGCCCAUGUCAUUCAUAUGCUUGGCACCCUUUUUCUUCGGUGGCAUUGUAGCUGUCUGGGCUCUGUACUGUUUUAAAGAACCACACGUCAGUCCAUUGGGUUUUCACAUUGAACCAGUGACCCGUAAAGACGUCUGCAGAGCCAUGUGUAAAGUUCUCUGUACCUACUGGUUUGCAGGAGGACAUAAAACGUAUUCGUACAUCACAUGCAUUGUCGGUUGCGUCUUGAUGGUGGGAGCUUUUCAGUUUGUUUAUGCAGAUUGGUAUUUGAUGAUUCAAGAAGGCGAUAGAGACCAUUGUUACUACAACGACUUUUGUUACAGGGUAUCAAGUAGCGAUAUUCCGUUUAAUUUAAUGAGUAGCAACUUCGCUUAUAUACUGCAUGCCUUUAUUUUAGCGUUGUCUGUUUGGUAUAUGGAGUCAGAAUUACUGGCUCGCUGCAAAAAAAUUAGACAAACUCAGCCACCACCCGUAGCAGAAAAUGCGGAAUGUAAUAGUACUGAGGCGCAUAAGAGGAGAAUUUCCUUUUCAAUAGGUUACGCUUUUUCCUGGGCAUUGCUUUUCGAGGGGUUGUUUUCAAUGCUUUAUCAUCUCUGCCCGACUAAGAUGACAUUUCAGUUCGAUUCAGCGUUUAUGUUUGUUAUUUCAGGCUUGAUUGUCGUUGUAAUGUAUAAUGGCAUUCAGUUAAACCAUGCUGGAGAGAGGGGAGGUCACGUGGGAGCAUCAAAUUUCUACCUUGGUUUUAUAGUUCCACUUUAUAUUUUAAACUAUCUCGGUUCACUGAAUCACUCCAAAGAAGGGUUAAUUCCAACAGCGGCCUGGGCUACACCACUUGCUCUUUGGGGUUUCUUUAUCUUUAACUGGGUUGGCUAUAAAUUGUAUCUUGAAAACUGGUGCUUGUUAAUCUUUUGGCGUUGGGUUAGAAGCAAAUGCUGCAAACGGUGUUGUAUAGUUUCUUGGAACCCUGACGAUUACUCUCUACAAAAUAUGAAAGGGUGCAAAUUGAUUUGUCUAAUGAUUGGUCUUAACCUCGCAGUCUUGAUGUUUUGUCUGUUUAGCGUUAAAAAGGUUAUCCGUAGCCUUCCACACGCGCUUUUGUUCACCUGCAUUACAGAGAGCGUAAUUGUUAUUUGUUGGAAACUCGGUAAAUCAUGCUAUUGUUUGUGGCGUGACCGUAGGUAUAAAAAACUUAUUUGCGUUAUUAUUUAUGUAUUUACAACCGUUGCAUUAGGAAGUUCAGCCUUGGCAUUUUUCAUUGGCUUACCGACAACAGAUAAAGCAGAAACUCCUGAGAUAUCUCGUAAUAAGAACCACAAAUGCAUUAUUAUUGGUUUCUAUGACUACCACGAUCUUUGGCACAUCUUGUCUUCAUUUGCUCUGCUAAUGGGAGUGCACAUUGUGAUGUUUGCUAGCUAUGACCCU